AUGAGGAAGUACCAACUUAUAGGUGGUAAAGGUAAAUUAUUUCAGAGAAAACAAAGUAUUAAAUAUCCAGAUGUGCAUUUACAUUCAUUACCAGUAGAAAUAUUACUUAUUAUAUUUGGGUAUUUCCAAGAUAAUCAUUCAUUAAUUCAAAUAUCAUUAUGCUGUAAAAAAUUCAAUCAAUUGAUUAAUAAAUACUUUCUUUAUAAUGUUAUUGUGUUUAAAUCAACUGAGUCAUUUUAUAAAUUUUCAAUGGCUCAUUUGUUAACAGAAUCAUCAAAGGUUAAUUAUAUAACGUCAAUAGAAUUUUUGAAACCUCAGUUACAUAAAUCUUCGAAUUUGAAAUUAAAUAUUGCUGGUAGUUAUGCUGUUGAGUCAAAUAUAAAUCAAAUUUUACAACUAAGCUAUAAUCAAUUUAUACUGUCGUUAAUUAAUAUUUUUACCCACUCAUUUGGUUUAAAACUGUUGAGUUUUUUAGAAAUUUCACCAGAUUUUGCAUUUCAAACUGUAAAGAAGAAUAUAUUUAAAAAGUAUACAAUCAAGAAAAGAAGUGAGUUGAAUAGAGUAGUACUUAAGUCACAAUCUGGCUGGUCAAUACCUUUGAAAGCAAGUCAUUUAAGCUUAUUAUCGGAUUAUUUUGAAUAUCUCAAUGAACUACAUUUGACUAAUUUUAUAAUAGAUUCACCUGUUAACCUACCUUUGAAAAUACGGAAAAUCAUCUUCCAAUCAUGCUCAUAUAAACCUAAGAAACAAGAAUUUGAAAUUUUCACUCAAGUUUUCACAUUGGAAUUGAAAGAUAUAACUAAUGAUUCAGAAUUAUCACUAAUAGAUUUGGUGAAACUAAACAACCCGAAUUUCAAUCAUUUAAUUAUCGACAUUUCAUCAUCUAUAUUUUAUGACAAUAAUGCAGGUUUUAAAUUUUCAAAAUUCAAUCCAUUCUUUAAAUUACUUUGUUCAAGUUCAAAGUAUUCAAGUUUGAAAACUAUAACAUUGUACAAUUUUGAUUUGUUUAAUAAUUAUUUCAGUAAUCAUGAUGAUAUACAUUCAGUAGACUCAUGGGUUGAAAACCUAAAUACUUUUGAUUAUUUAAUAAAAUAUAUUUCAAAUAUACCAAAACUAAAUUUAAUAUUGAAGAAGCAGAAAUAUAUCAUUAAAGCUUGUGCUAAAUGUGGAUUUAAAUCAGUGAAACAAGAUAAAAAUAUUGAGAAUUUAACUUUUGACGAAUGGGAAAUAUAUUUGAAACCAUUGAAUUUUAAUAAAAUAACGAUCACAAAGUACAAUAAUGAUAUCUUAUACACUAAUGAUGUUUAA